UUUCAAUUCAUUUAUCUGCAGGAAUGAUUGCGACUAUCAGUCUAGAGCUCACCGCCUGACUGAGGAGGUGAAAGUUUCGCCACAGGAAGAUAAACCGCAAAAUACAACAUAGUAUACACGAUUUGCUUAUACAUCGGAUGCGUGGUGGGGAAUUCCUCUCGUCUUGAAAGUAAACAGUAGAUUCGCGAAUUGGAGUUUGCUCGGUCGAUUGAGGUUCAAGCUUUUUUUUUCCUAGGCGAGAGAUAGGGGAAAGAAUAUCUGUGCGUGAUUUUUGAUUUCUGCUCUCAGUCGUCUCAGCAAGUCCAGACUGAAGAUGCUCCUGGACGCGGGACCUCAGUAUCCGACCAUAGGAGUCACUACCUUCGGCUCCACGCGGCAUCACUCAUCAGCCGAAGUCACAGAAAGAGAAGUCGCGUUGGGGAUAAACCCGUUCGCAGACGGAAUGGGCGCCUUCAAAAUAAACCACAGUUCUCACGACAUUGGCUCCGGACAAACUGCGUUUUCCUCCCAGGCGCCCGGCUACGCAGCGGCUGCCCUCGGACACCACCAUCACCCCACCCAUGUUAGCUCUUACUCCACCGCCGCCUUCAACUCUACACGGGACUUUCUUUUCAGAAACCGGGGCUUCGGAGACGCCACCAGCGCGCAGCACAGUUUGUUCGCCUCCGCCGCGGGAAGUUUUGCAGGGCCACAUGGACACUCCGAUGCCACGGGACACCUGCUCUUCCCCGGGCUGCACGAGCAAGCGGCGAGCCACGCGUCUUCCAAUGUGGUCAACAGCCAGAUGCGACUGGGCUUUUCCGGAGACAUGUACGGCCGGGCCGACCAGUACGGCCACGUUACGAGCCCGAGGUCCGACCACUACGCGUCGACCCAGUUGCACGGUUAUGGCCCUAUGAACAUGAAUAUGGCCGCGCACCACGGAGCCGGGGCCUUCUUUCGGUACAUGAGGCAGCCGAUCAAGCAAGAGCUGAUCUGCAAGUGGAUCGAGCCGGAGCAACUGUCAAACCCCAAAAAGUCGUGCAACAAAACUUUCAGCACGAUGCACGAGCUGGUGACCCAUCUCACGGUGGAGCACGUGGGGGGACCAGAACAGUCGAACCACAUCUGUUUCUGGGAAGAGUGUUCCCGAGAAGGGAAACCGUUCAAAGCAAAAUACAAACUGGUGAAUCAUAUCAGAGUGCACACCGGAGAAAAGCCCUUCCCGUGUCCCUUCCCCGGCUGUGGCAAAGUGUUUGCCCGAUCGGAAAAUCUAAAAAUUCACAAAAGGACACACACUGGUGAGAAGCCUUUUAAAUGUGAAUUCGAGGGCUGUGACAGGCGAUUUGCAAACAGCAGUGACCGCAAGAAACACAUGCACGUCCACACGUCGGACAAGCCCUAUCUCUGCAAAAUGUGUGACAAGUCCUACACACACCCCAGCUCCCUGCGGAAACACAUGAAGAAGGUCCAUGAAUCCACCAACCAAGGAUCCCAGCCUUCGCCAGCAGCAAGUUCAGGGUACGAGUCGUCCACGCCGCCCACAAUAGUGUCGCCGUCCACAGAGAACCAGAGCAGCAGUUCCAUAUCGCCGGCGUCGUCGGCGGUCCACCACACGACCAGCCACAGUGCGCUGUCGUCCAAUUUCAAUGAAUGGUACGUGUAAAUAUUUUUGACAAAAAAAAGACUGCAGAAUUAAAAAAAAAAACUGCUUGGAAUCAAAGACUAAAUCUCAGCCAGUAGGCCUAACGCAUGGACUGAACGGAAAAAAAAAAACUUUGGGAGGAGAGUGAUCGAUUGACGGCUGCCCAGCCAGAGGACAAUGCAUGGACGGGGGGGCGGGGGGUUGGGGGGGGGAGCAAGGGCAGCAAGCGAGUUUUAACCUUUUCCUCGAUAUUUCUUCUCUUUAUUUUUAUUGAAAGACUGCAGAAAAGAAAUCUCGAAAGCAUGCUAUCUGCGGGUAGUGGCUGUCUUUUUGUACAUAAAAAAAAUUCACCAACUUGAAAAAAUGUAAUAUUUUAUUUUGUAAAUAGUUAUAUCACAGUUAAAGGGAAUUUGUGAAAAUGUGGUCCCUAGAUAUAUGGAAAAUGAGAUGGUUUUAAAAAUAUUUCGAUGAAUAGACUUGAUUGAACAGAAUGUUAUAGUUGUGUACCAAAUGUGAAUUAUUCAGUAUUACUACAGUCUGAACGUCGACCUAACCGACUCUUAGUAUUAAUGUGCUUUUGUAUUCAGUGCAACAUUUCGUCCAAGGUCCAGUUUGAGUAGCACAGUAUCAUGUUGUUAUUUAAUGUCAUGUCGAUAAAUCGUGUAGUGAAAGCCUGAAAUUCCGUGUCAAUCUGUUUAUGUACGUGAUAAAUAUAAAAAUCUGUCAAUUACCUUGCCUGCAAGGAAGUAUUACAUGUAAGUAGCUCAAUUUUCCAUAUAUAUCCGCAUGUAAAGGACCGGUAACAUGUUAGAAAUGAUCGGUAUUUAUGGAGAAAUGCGCUCGUAUGUAAAAUUUAGUUUACAAAAAUGUUUGGUUACAUUUCGUACUAUAUUAAAGGAUUUAAACUACAUUAA